GUCUCUUGCUGGUCGACCGUACGGAAGACAGAGACUUAUUCCUCGGCCAGCUCAAUUUGAUCCUUCUCCUCCAAACUCUAGCCAUCUCUGGUUACGCUCUGAUCUAUCUACAACAUAAAUCUUCUUCAUUCUCCUCUCGCUCGACUGCAGGUUGCCAUCGUUGAAGCAAUCAAGAAGUCGACGGCCUAAUACUUUCUGCACUCCGCCUCCCUCAAUCUAUCUUCCUUCCCCACUCCCCUCCCCUUUUCGAUCAUAAUUUCUCAAAUAAAGCGUCUUAACCAACCCUUGAUUUUCCAGAUCAAGUCUUCAUAACGUUCUUCGCCUUGUAUUCUUCUCAAAUUCGAUUAUACCAUAUUAGCAACCAUGGCUGCUGUAGCUGAGAACAAGUCGGCCACGACGUCGAAAUAUGACGACUACGAUUUCCCGACCACUGCGCCUGAACCCCAGCCGGGCCACCCUGGCCACACUUCCCCAGAGCAGGAUGCAAAGGUUGAGCAGCUCCGUAGUGAGCUGGAGCAGCUGGGAUACACGGACAGACUGGAUACCCUGACCAUGCUGCGCUUCUUGAGAGCCCGGAAGUUUGAUGUGGCUGCCGCUAAGGCCAUGUUCAUCGAUUGUGAGAAGUGGCGGAAAGAAUUCGGCACCGACGACCUCGUCCGCACCUUUGACUACAAGGAGAAGCCCCAGGUCUUCCAGUACUACCCUCAAUAUUACCACAAGACAGACAAGGAUGGCCGUCCUGUCUACAUUGAGAAGUUGGGCAAGAUCGAUCUCAACGCCAUGUACAAAAUCACAACCGCCGAGCGCAUGUUGCAGAACCUCGUGUGCGAGUAUGAGAAGCUCGCGGAUCCCCGGCUGCCCGCCUGCUCGCGCAAGGCCGGCAAGUUGCUCGAGACCUGCUGCAGCAUCAUGGACCUGAAAGGCGUCGGCAUCACAAGCGUCCCCUCCGUGUACGGAUACGUGCGUCAGGCUUCCGCCAUCUCGCAGAACUACUACCCCGAGCGCCUGGGCAAGCUGUACCUGAUCAAUGCCCCCUGGGGUUUCAGCAGCGUGUUCAACGUCGUCAAGGGAUUCCUCGACCCCGUCACCGUGCAGAAGAUCCACGUCCUUGGGUCCGGUUACAAGAAGGAAUUGCUGGAGCAGAUCCCUGCCGAGAACCUCCCCGUUGAAUUCGGCGGUACCUGCGAGUGCGCUGGCGGCUGUGAGCUCAGCGAUAUGGGUCCCUGGCAAGAGCCCGAGUGGGCUAAGCCGCCCAAGUGGGCUCUGCCUAAGGAGGAACAGAAUGUCGUGAAAAAUGAGGACUCGGGUCCUGUGGUGAAGGAUCCCGCCGCGCAAGAGGGCUCUCAGCCCGUAGCGUAGGCUAUCCGCCCUUCUUGCUCUCUUUGCUCUUCUCGUUUGCCUUGCAUACAUAAAUUCUUGGAUUCAUGUGGUAAAGGAAUUCAGCUAUCAUCCGUGUCGACCUGCGUGUCCUUCACCAGUGCCGUCUCUUAUCACUCCUCCCCUGGGACUUCCCCUCUUCUUGUGCCUUCAACCGUGUCCUUUCUGAUCGCAUUUCAACAUCGCAUAAAUUCAAUAACUGGUCAAAUGUUACCCUGGCGGAGUGGCUUGUAGAGCCGACCGGGGUCAUUUUUAUCUCUUUCCUCUUCUCAAUAUCCAAACUUAGAUAGUCAACAACUCCGACUGAGUGGCGUGGCGCUUUUAUAGAUGCGGACAAGGAUAACAACACAUGGCAGGACUGAAUAUAAAGUGUUUAUCUUUGUGUG